AUGGCUAAUCACACAGUAUAUGACACUCCAAUCAUGGAGUCUGCGAGGCAUAUCUCCAGCCUUGUUUCCCCUUCUCUCUUUCUGCUUUUUAUCGUCCCGGCAGGUACGCUAUCGUUAUGGACCAUCGCCUCAUACUGUACCUCUCCCUUGAAAAAGUACCCUGGGCCGUUUCUCGCAAAGUUCACGAGACUUUGGUACCUGUAUCAAGCCUCCACUGGUGACUCGCACCUGGUUCUUGAGAGGCUGCAUAAGAAAUACGGACCAAUCGUUCGAAUAACUCCUGACAUUAUCGACGUCGACAUUCCCGAGAUAAUCAAGACCAUCUUCAAUACCAAGGGCGACUGGUUAAAGACACCCUUCUAUCAUAGUAGCAGCGCCCUGGUCAAUGGGCAGAUUGUGCUCAACCUCUUCAGUCAAACCGAUCCUCAGAAACACAAAAAGGAAAGACAACCUAUCGCCAAACUCUACUCUAGUGCUGGCGUCAGUACUCUCGAGCCCCAUAUGAACAAGGUCAUCAACCAGUUGUGCGAUGAAUUAGAGAAGCGUUUCACUGGAGACAAUGCUGGGCAGGUUUGUAACCUCGGUCAAUGGAUUUUGUUCUAUACCUGGGAUGUUGUCGGCGCCGUGACAUUUUCCCAGCCUAUCGGAUAUCUCGAGAAAGGAUAUGAUUUUGAUGGUACUCUCAAAAAUGCAGACAAGGCCAUGGAUUACUUCACUGUCGUAGGUACAAUGCCAUUCUUGGAUCGUAUCUUUGACAAGAAUCCUGUCUAUCGCAUUGGACCUCCUGGUUUCAACACCAUUGCCGGAAUCUCUGUCAAGCACCUUAUAGAUAGGUACCAAGGUAACGACAAAGAGUAUCACGAUCCUACUCAACCCGACUUUCUCGACAAAUUCAUCGAAAUCAAGAACUCCAAACCGGAUAAAGCUGAUGACGCCCAAAUCAUCUCAUGGUUGAUGGUCAAUAUGAUUGCUGGAGCCGACACAACUGCCAUCACUAUUCGAAGCGCCCUCUACUUUGCGCUCAAGCACCCAAGAGUUUGGGAGCGUCUCGCCGAAGAGAUACUACAGGCGGGAUUCCAGCAAGUUCCUGAGUACAAGGACGCCAAAGCUCUGCCAUACACAGAUGCCGUAUGUCGAGAGGCUUUGCGCAUGCUGCCUGGUGUGUCGAUGACCAUGGAACGUUAUGUCCCCAAAGAAGGUUUUGUUCUUCCUAAUGGCGAUUUUCUCCCUGGGGGUACAGUAUUGGGCAUGAACCCGUACAUUGUGGCACGCAAUAAAUCAGUUUAUGGCGAGGACGCUGACGACUUCCGACCUGAACGUUGGCUGCGCUUCGAGGACGAGAUAGAAGAACAGUACCAGGGCCGUCUACUGGCGAUGAACCAAGCAGAUCUGUCUUUUGGAGGAGGCAGUCGUAUCUGCAUUGGAAAACAUAUUGGCCUUUUCCAAACAUACAAAGUCAUUGCUAUCUUGCUUACGCGGUUUGAGAUUGAGUUGGCGGAUCCCAAGAAGGAGUGGAAGGUGACAAACAGUUGGUUCCCUCGGCAGGAAGGAUUGGAAGUCAGGUUACGCAAGAGAGCUUAG